AUGGCGGAGAUCGCCGAGAGGGCCGUCGUGGGCGAGCUGCCGGAGGAGCCACGGCCGCUGCACGGUGAGGAGGAGGACGAUGAGGAGGAGGAGGGGGAUGUGUGCCGGAUCUGCCGCAACCGCGGCGACGAGGACCACCCGCUGCGCUACCUGUGCGCCUGCAGCGGCAGCAUCAAGUUCGUGCACCAGGACUGCCUCCUCCAGUGGCUCGACCAUAGCAACUCGCGCCAGUGCGAGGUCUGUAAACACGCAUUCUCCUUCUCACCCGUGUACGCUGAGAAUGCUCCGACAAGACUUUUCCAGGAACUGAUAGUUGGUGUUGGAAUGAAAGCAUGCCAUGUGUUUCAAUUCAUCCUUCGGCUUGCCUUUGUUCUCUCAGUUUGGCUCAUGAUUAUCACGUUCAUUACCUAUUGGAUAUGGCGGUUAACAUUUGUGAGAAGUCUUGGUGAAGCACAAAGGCUGUUCCUCAGUCACAUCAGUGCUCAGUUGAUCCUUAGUGAUUGCCUUCAUGGGUUCCUUCUCUCAGCUAUCAUUGUCCUUGUAUUUCUCGGAGCCACCUCAUUACGGGACUACAUAAGGCAUUUGCGUGAACUUGGUGGACAUGAUGCUGAGAGGGAUGAGCAUCCACAACACCAGGAUGAAAUUAAAGAAUUCAUAUGCUGGACUGGAUCACCUGGAAUUUUGGUGAAGAAAGCAUUACUCGAUCCGGCUUCGACAAGUUUCUCCUUUCCAUGUUAUGCUCAUAAUUACGCAUGUCUUUGGCGGGCCAUCUGGCCGUUGGAGUUUGAGAAGUUUGAAAACAAGCCAGAUGCCAUUGGAACUUCUGGUAUUGAUGACCGCAUCACCAAGAUGAUCAAAAAUUGGUAUUGCAGUGGCGAGACAAUUCUUGUUGGAAAGUGUGAACAUAAACUGGCUAUUGAAACAGAACUGAAAAUAGCCUGCCGUUGUGAUGAAGUUGCGUUUGAAGUGAUGUGGGGCCUGGAAAACCACUUGCAUAUUUUAGUGCCUGAUGAGGAAUUAGAGCUACGUGAGGAGUGA